GACGCGUACCCACAGACUGCGUCAACUUCCCCGUGGCGGCUUCGUUGACAUUGACUGUAUACGUUCUCAUCGCUCUCGGAAUGUGAGAUAUAAAGCUCGAAACUCUCUCAAUCAACCACAUCCAAUUACCCAUCCCCAACAAACAGAAAUGUCUUCCAUCGCACCCAAACGAGUAUCCAACGCGAGUUACCUACGUUCGCUCUCUUACUUCCCAGUCGCCGUCUUCGUUGGCGGAACCUCUGGAAUCGGCCAAGCCAUGGCAGAAGCUUUCGCUACCCACACAGAAGGCAACGCUCACAUCGUCAUCAUCGGUCGAAACCAAGCAGCAGCAGAAAACAUCCUCUCCAAAUUCCCAAAACCUUCCUCCCCUCACGCGAAACACGAAUUUGUCCAGUGCGAUGUGACGCUUAUGAAAAACGUGAAGAAGGCUACGGAUGACUUGGUUGAGAGGCUUCCGAAGAUUGAUUAUUUGGUCAUGUCUCCUGGGUAUAUGACUAUGAAGGACAGGGAUGAGUCGGCUGAAGGAAUUGAUAGGAAGCUGGCGGUUCAUUAUUAUGCAAGAUGGAAGUUUAUCGACGGGCUUUUGCCUGCGUUGAAGAAGGCGAAGGAUGAAGGAGAAGACGCGAAAGUUUAUUCCGUACUUGCACCUGGGUAUGGUGGUAGUGUGGAUGUGGAGGACCUGGGAUUGAAAAAGUCCUUUUCGUUGGCUCGCGUUGCAUUGGUAGCACCGACGUAUAAUGAUUUGAUGACGGAGGAGUACGCAGCGAGAAAUCCUGGAAUCCCCUUCGUCCACGCCUACCCCGGCUGGGUAGACACGGGAUAUCUAUCCAAUGCUGAAUCGUCGUUCCUUCGCUUCACUUCCAGGGCUAUUUGGCCUGUCCUCCGCCCUUUCCUCCGCCCGUUCUUCUUUACCCCGCAGGAAGCGGGAGAGAACAUGUUACACGGGUUGCUUACAACUGCUAAAGAACCUCGUGCAUGGAGGUUGAAUCAACAUGGGGAGGAUAUGGGAACGAAGAGACAUUACGGUACACCAGAGGAACGGAAAGCGUUAUGGGAGCAUACCAUCGAGGAGAUGAAGAGGACGCUGAACUAGGGGUAUAGGUUGUUGACUCUACAGACUAUGAUUGGGUAUUAUAUGGAAUGCAAAUAAUUACAUACUUUACUGUAGUCCAAAAGUACAUGUUACCGUUAGGUGUUGUAUUCAGGAACAGACGCAAAAACUGAUCAACAUAGUUUCUAUUAUGGGCCUGACCGG